UGGUGUGGAAUUCAGUGGUGAGAACCAAGACGUUCAGCAGUCCAACAGACCAGAAGUUGAUCAGGAUGGAUGUUCUGUCUUUUUUUCUGACAGAGACUGGGGUUUUGCUCCUUUUAUUCCUGGGACUAGUGGUUUUGUACGGGUACUGGCCUUAUGGGCAGUUUGAGAAACUGGGAAUCCCUGGCCCAAAACCACUGCCAUUUUUUGGAACUCUUCUGCAAUACAGGAAGGGUGUGUUGAAUUUUGACGUGGAAUGUUCCAGAAAAUAUGGCAAAAUAUGGGGGAUCUAUGAUGGCAGACAGCGUGUUCUCUGUAUAAUGGAUACAGCCAUCAUCAAAACCAUCCUUAUCAAAGAAUGUUACUCCCUCUUCACCAACAGAAGAAAUUUUCGUCUGAAUGGUGUGCUCAACGAUGGUGUAGGUGCAGCAGAGGAUGAGCAGUGGCGGAGAAUUCGCACCAUCCUCUCCCCCUCUUUCACCAGUGGGAGACUAAAAGAGAUGUUUGGGAUCAUGAAGAAGAACUCUAAUACAUUAAUGAAGACUCUACAGAGGAAAGCUGACCUGGGUGAAGCUGCUGACUUUAAAGAACUCUUUGGGGCAUACAGUAUGGAUGUGGUGACCAACACAGCUUUCAGUGUCAACAUCGAUUCACUCAACAACCCCAAAGACCCCUUUGUGAACAACAUCAAAAAAAUGCUCAACUUUGACCCCCUUAGUCCACUGUUCGUCAUAACAUUUCUCCUCCCCUUUGUUGUGCCUCUGCUGGAGAAAAUGAAUGUCUCCUUUUUUCCAUCUUCUGCGACUGACUUCUUCUAUGCAUCUCUGCAGAAGAUUAAGUCUAAUAGGGUUGCUAAUGACCAUCAGACGCGGGUGGACUUCAUGCAGCUGAUGGUGGACUCUCAGAAACCAGAGAAAAAUGGACACAGUAAGACAGAGGAAACAGGCCUCACUGAUCAUGAGAUUCUAUCCCAAGCAAUGACAUUCAUAUUUGCUGGUUAUGAGACUACUAGCAGCACUCUGACCUUCCUCUUCUAUAAUCUGGCCACUCACCCACAGACCAUGAGGAAACUUCAGGAGGAGAUUGACCAAACUUUCCCCAACAAGGCCCCUGUGCAGUAUGACAUGCUGAUGCAGAUGGAGUAUUUGGAUGAUGUGCUGAAUGAGUCUUUGAGGUUAUAUCCUAUUGCUGGUCGGCUUGAGAGAGUUUGCAAGAAAACUGUGGAGAUCAAUGGGGUCACAAUCCCUGGGGGAACAGCUGUCAUUGUGCCCAUCUAUGCCCUCCACAGAGACCCUGAAAUCUGGCCUGACCCAGAAAAGUUCAACCCAGACAGAUUCAGUAAAGAAAACAAAGAGAGUAUUGACCCGUACACGUAUAUGCCUUUUGGGGCGGGGCCCAGGAACUGCAUUGGGAUGAGAUUUGCCUUAGUGAGCAUGAAGCUGGUCAUUACAGAGAUAUUACAGAGAUUUGACGUUCAUGUGUGUCCUGAGACACGGGUGCCUCUGGUAUUGAAUACUAAUGGAAUAUUGGCUCCUACACACCCCAUCAAACUCAGACUGAGUCCUCGAUCCAGCUCCUCCUCAGACUGAUUCCUUGAUCAAGCUCCUCUGCUAACAGACUCCUGUUCUAACAGUCCGGUCAAAUCACAGUUAAAAUCCUAUGGAUUGCUCCCAGAAGGAGGUGGAAAAGUGCUUUAAUGAGUGACACCCUGGUCUUCUUUUUAACCAUGUGUGAAGAAUGCAGGGAAUAUCACUAACUUGACCACAAACCAGUUGAUAUAAAGAACAGGGCACAUAAAUGCAUGCUCUGGAGUUCCACUCUUUGUAAAGUUCCAGUGCUGUUUUCCUUGCUUAGCUUCAUGCACUGAUGAAACUACACUAAAGAAAAAAGCUAAAUGUGUUCUAUGUGUGCAUUUUGUUACACACAGUCCGUAACUUGUUAGGUCUUCUGAAUCAGAAUGUUGGAUAGAUUAAAAUGGCAGACAAGACUAUCAAACAUUGAGAUUUGACACAGGGCAUGGGAAGUGCAUCAGUGGAAGGUUGAAAGUUGAAGGUUGACAUUGAAGUGAUCCAAUGAAUUUAUGAUCAUGUGAUGACUGUCUUCAAUUACAGUGCAGUGCACCUA